AUGAAUCUCAAGCUCGGUGGCAUGAAUUACGAAGUCGUACCGGAAAGUUUCGCACAAAAUGUAUGGAUUUCAAGAGGGAAGACCCUAAUAAUCGGUUACGACGUUGCUCAUCCUGGGAAGCCUAGUCGUGAUGAGCUCAUGAACAAGAUGCCGCCACAGAAGCCAAGUGUUGUGGGGUUCUCGUUCAAUGGAGCUGUGCACUGCGAGAAAUUCAUUGGCGAUUACCACUACCAAAAACCACGUCGCGAGCAGGUUGAUACUUAUGUUUUAAACGUUCGCGUCAAAUGGAUGCUCGGUUUGUUCAUCAAAAACCGAAAGGUAUGGCCAGAAAGUGUUGUGGUUACGCGAGAUGGUGUGUCAGAAGGCCAAUACAGGAUGGUGGUUGAGGACGAGCUCCAUGCCAUAAAGCAGGCCUGUGAAGAGUUUGGAAGACUUCAUGGAAAAGAUGCAUGGGUUCCGCGUUUUACAGUGGCUGUAACCACGAAACGGCACAACGCACGCUUCUUUGCCAAAAACAAUGGUAUCGGAAAUCCAAAGCCAGGGACUGUCGUCGACACGGAUGUUGUGCGGAAUGACCUCACAGAAUUUUAUAUGCAGAGCCAUCAUCCUGUGCAGGGAACGGCCAAACCAACCGCAUAUCAGAUUCUGAUAGACGAGAACGAUAUGAGUAUGGAUCAAGUACAAGCGCUGAUGUUAGCUCUAACAUUCCACCAUCAAAUAUCGGACGCGCCAGUGUCUUUACCGGAACCGACUUAUCAAGCUGACGAGUGGGCUAAGCGAGGAAAAAAUUUAUGGAAUGCUUAUAUGCUCCGUCACAACCCAAUCACAAUGGAGUGCGCCGGAGAUUAUGCUACUCCUCCGAUAGACUUCGACGCAAUGACGGACAGACUUGCUUUCUGGAAAACAGAACUCGAGCAUCUCCGAGUGAAUGCUUGA